AUGGCAACGACGACGACAAGUAAACAAACACAUGGAAAAUCAAAUUUGAAUAAAAUACAACGAUUCAAAGAUCUUCAUUUUGAUAUUCUCGAUGACCAUCAUGAGCCAACAGAGCAUGAUGCCGAUGAUUUAAAUCGAUAUUUCGUGUCCCCGACUGUACAUCCAACCAUUACCAAAGAAGAAGUGGUAGUAGCCAUGGAUGUAGAUAGCGGCGAUGAUGAUGAUGAAGAUAUGGACGAAGGACAAGACGAAAGAUUGUCUCAACAGUUGAAUGAAUUAUCGGUGAAUAAGACCAAACGACAGAUAAGUGAUUCACCCACAGCUGAUAAGACACGAAAGAAGAUGAAAGUGUCUGAACCAGAACAGACAGAAGCAACGUGUCAUGAUCAGAUACCAACAUAUCUGAUGGCAACCAAUGCUUUAUUCGAACAUCGACUGAAAAAGCUUCUUAAAGGGCAAACCUCGAUUUCAAUCGAUGAUCUACGUCAGAUGGCAAUCUUAAAACAUCAACUAGCUGAACUUGAUCAAGAGAAACGACUCUUUCUCAUCUAUCUACAAGCAGGAACAGGUACAUUAAAAGACGAUCCAAAUGGAUCGAAACAUGUUGAUCGAUGUAUUUGGCCGGAUGAAGUGAAAAUAAUGGCACAACAAUAUGGGCAUAGUCAUGAUGAUGCUGAUGGGAUCGUCUAUGAAAGUAUGCUGCGAAGUCAGUUACAACAGAUCGAUGUCCGACUAGACCAGUACAAGCAACAGCUGAACAGUUUGAAAAAACAAUGUGUUCAUCUUACGUCGGCGUUCGAAGAAGUCCUUGAUUAUAUUGUUGAACAUGAUGGAAUGAAGCAUAUUCGAGCGAAAUAUGAUGAAGAAAUUGGUCUACUUACAUGUGAAUAUGAUACAAUAAUACUUGAACGAGCCUUUCUUCAAGAAAAGCCAACAGAAUAUCAAAUCGAAACAGCACAUCGUCUCUAUAAUCUACGAUACGAAUACGAAAAGGCACGACGUCUCCUGAUGGAACUGAAACAAAGUGUCUUUCUUCAUCGAAUACCAUCAGAAUUACAUCCAAAUAUGUUAGAUAUUGUCAAGUCAAUUGAAAUAACUCCAUCAGCAUCAUCCAAUCGACAUGAACAAUUGAUUCGACAGAAAAUGACUGAUUAUAUGGCUGUUCAUAUUACAAGUGCUGAACAAGCCUAUGAUAAAUGUCAGAAACAAUUGAAUGAAAAUAUCGAGUUGGUGUGGAAGAAUCAUCAUGAUUCGAAUACAAGUCAACCGAUGCCAAAGAAUCUAACCAAUUUGAUCGAACAACGAUUUAUCAAUAUCACAGAUAAAUGGCGAAUCAUUUAUAACAGACGAAUGCAACGACAACUGAAUACAACAUCAAUGUUAAUUGGUUUUGGUCCAUGUAUGUCUGUUCAUACGCCACAUUCGUUGACAAAGAAACAAUUGGAAUUAUUGAAUCGUGGUCCAACUUAUGUCAUUCCUUGUCAAUUAUUCAGUUCAUCUUCACCCUCAUCGAUGAAUGAGACGACAAAAGAAUUGUAUGGACCAUUAAAAUUACAGUUAACUCGUCUCUUUGCCAAGCAUCAAGUGAAUAUUGCCCUAUCAAUGAAUAUUCACACGAAAUUACUCGAUCAAUUCAACGAACAGUUCCCAAAACCGAUACCUGUUGAUUUGUGUCAGCGUGCAUUAGAUGAGAAGAAAGUGAUGCAAUCGAUUCGACAAUCCCUGCAACAACAACAAUCACAUCUUAUAUUACGUCGAACAGCUGAUAAUAUCAAUACAUUUUAUUUGGGAGAUCGAAAAGAAUUCGAAGAAAAAGCAAAUACAUUUGUCACAAAAACAAAUAUCUUCGAAUUUCAGUUAAUCAUCAAUGAGAAACGCUAUGGAACUGAAUGGCAAAUGGAUGUCUAUAAAAUGAUCGAGUCAAUGAAUUAUAUUCUGCGAAGAGUCCAUGAAAAGAAAGGAAUCGAUGAUGAACUAAUGAAACGAUUAACAGUUGAUCCAUCGACCAUCAAAUUACCGUAUCUCUACUUCUUACCAAUGAUUACACUGGACAAUGAAGUAUCAAUGAAGCCAGUGAUUUCUGCUUAUGAAGGUCCAACAUGGCUAUUAGGUCAAUUUUUGGAUCGAUUGAUUCGACCAAUAACUCAUCUGACAAUGAAAUCAACAACAUUCUACGAUGAUACAGACUUCGGCCGGAAGUUUUAUCAAUUCAGUCAAACUAUUCGAGCCAUUUCAUCGAAAACUCUGUUUGCCACGAUUCAUGUGCCAAAUUAUUAUACUAUGGCUCCACAUGCAGUAAUGGCUGAUGUUUUAGAACAGUUCUUACGGGAUACUUUACCAGGAAAUACUUUAGAAAAGGUCUCAAUCGUACACAUUAAGAAUCUUGUACAAUUGUUUCUGUACAAUAAUGCAUUCGUCUAUGAUGAAAAGAUGUAUACUUGUGUCAAAGGUAGUCCAACAACGAUUCCUCUCACUGAAACAUUAGCCAAAAUCUAUCUCUUUCAAUGGCAAAAGAAGAUUUUGAAAGAAAUCAAUGCACGACGACAAUUCUUUGGUCGACACAAAAAUGACAUCUUUUUCACUUGGAAUGGGUCACACGAAGAACUGCAGACUCUAUUGCAACAGCUUCAAGAAAAUGAUACAAAUGUACAUCAACAGAUUGCAAUUAAUUCAACAAUUCAAUUUAUGAAUGCUUAUCUCGAGAAUCGAUCAGGUCAUGUCUAUAGCUGUGUCAAUCAUCAACCUGCCUAUCUGCAACAAUAUACAUUACCCUAUGUAGUUCAUCAUCCUAUUGAAGAACACAGUGAUUGGCUUCGAUUUACAUUACUUCGAGCAGUGUGCUUUUGUACAUCUGUGGUGGAUUUCGUACAGGAACGAAUCUAUCUCGAGUUAACAUGUCUUGCCAAUGGCUAUUCAUUGUAUUUCGUCGAACGACGUGUCGAUCAUUUCUUUCAAUAUUUCAAUGCCAAUGCAAUGCGUUAUUGUCAGGAUCAGAAACUUUACGACCGAUUUCGCACACAAGUGUUCACAUUUGUCGAACAACAGCGUGUGAUGUCAGAGAAAAUUCAACGAGUCAAUGAUGAACGAAAACUAUUUCAUUUCCAUUAUCUCUACGAGUAUGGACCACGAUCAAAGUUCGACGAAAGCUUCCGUCAUCUCUGGAUGCAAUAUUUCAAACAACAUCGACUAUUUUCUCCAGAGAGAUCAAAGAUUAUUUUGACAACAAAACAUCAGCAUAGUUUGAAUACUCUCUUGGCUCAACCGACAUCGUGCUAUCGAACAUUGACUGCGAAGAAACCAUCGUUUUUUUCUAUUUCUAUUUGCUGA